CCGGGACGUUAACGCGGACGGACUGCAGGAUGACAUAAUGGUAAACAGAGUAAGUUGAAGCACAAACAGCAUUCAUUUGAUGACCUCACUCACAGCCAUUUAUGUGGCGGAGCAAUACAAAAAAAACCCCAAAGAAGUCUGCUGAUUUCAGUCCCGGGACAACACAGAUGGAGCUGAGCGUGUGUUCGGUUACGUGGUUUAGUUUUCAAGCCAACUGGAUUGUAUUUAAGAAUCGCAGCCAGCAUCGGUGCUAAGCUCUGGCAUGAAGCUGCAGAGACUCUCCUUCCACCUAGAAGCUGCAGACUCUCUCCUUCCACCUAGAAGCUGCAGAGACUCUCUCCUUCCACCUAGAAGAUACGAAGACUCUCCUUCCACCUAGAAGCUGCAGAGACUCUCUCCUUCCACCUAGAAGAUACGAAGACUCUCCUUCCACCUAGAAGCUGCAGAGUCUCUCCUUCCACUUAGAAGUUGCACAGUCUCUCCUUCCCCCAUCGCCCACAGGAGAACUCUAAAACUAGAUGAAGCCUUGAAGAAGUGAAGAGCAGGACUUUGAUUCGGACAACAGUUGCAGUCAUUCUGAAUGUUCUUAGCAUUUGUCCUCAUGGCUUCAAGUGUCUCUAGUUGGACAUGUGGUUGCCGCUAACAAGACUUUUGUGCUUGGUUUGGGAGGGUGCAGCGUUGUGAGGAUUCUUGUCCAAAGGGACCCCCCGUUCUGAUCCGGAGAUGGAGGGUCUGGAGCAGCUGGACAUGGUCGGGGACAUCAGCCCGGCCCUGGAGGCAACGGAAGAUUUCAUCCACUGCAUGGAUAGGAUCCAAGGCCAGGCUCCGAGUCAGGCUCAGACGAGCAGCUGCCAGGCCUCCAGGCAGCCCAAGCAGCGUGGGGACGUGUCCAGCGCUGCGCUGGGGAAGCUGAGCUCCAGCGGGGUGUGGGGGCUGCUGGCCGGAGAGCAGCCGGAGGUGGGGCCACUGGGCCUGGCCUGGGCCGACAACUUCAGCGUGCUGGGGCUGGGCGUGGGCCCGCGGCACGGCAAGAGGAGCCGAGCGCGCUCCACCAACGACCUGGCCACGCAGAGCAAGGAGUGCACCAACAACGCCGGCAACGCCUCCUCCAAGUCUGUCUUCAAGAAGGGACACAACCGCUCUCGCUCGGACGUCAACUACCGGCCGUCCGCUUACACCGACAACGGACUGCCUGCUGUGGACGGAAACACCCUGAAGAACAUGAUCCUCAACCACCAGCAACUACCUGAUAAGAGCAGCAGCAGCAGCGUGGUGAAGCAGGGCGAGCUGGAGCAGCGGGAGGGGCCCCGGGGCCGCUGGACGCCCUGCUACGUGGAGCUGACGCCCUGCGAGCUGCGGCUCUACACCCUGGACAGCAGCGCCAACCGCCAGCUGGGCACGGCCUACUCCCUGUCCCACUGCCAGAGCGUCAUCUCCCCGGCUCCCUGCAGCCAGUCCGCUCAGGCCGGCCAGCCCGCCGACCAGCGCACGCUGCAGGCCGUGUUCUUCAACAGCACGCGCCUCCAGCUGAGGGUCACCAACCAACGGGAGGCCGUGGAGUGGAGACAGGUGAUGUGGGAGAAGGUGCAAGCAACCAGACCUGCGAGCCAGAAAAAACAGCAACGUAAGAACGGAGAAAAUCAGCAGAUUUCCCAGUUUCCUGCAGCCAUGUCACCCUCCUCGUCUCCCUCUCCGUCAGGUCUGGACACCAGACCUGAUACCGACACCCCCACGUCAGCAGAGGUGUCUAGUUCCGGGGUCCUGAGCAGGCCCACCACCUUGCCCCUGUUCACCCGCUGCACCCAGGACGUGCUCAAAGCUGGCCUUCUCCACCAGCUGGUGGACCAGAACAACUGGCGGGCCUUUACGUUUGUCCUGACCCGGUCUGCUCUGCAGGCCUUCCCCACCGAGGGCCGGGGAUCCGUGACCCAGCCCGUCCUCCAUUACUCCCUGGCAUCCUGCGCGGCUGUGCAGCAGGACCAGGAGCCGGAGAACGGGGUCCCCUGGGCCACUAAAGGACAUUUCUUUCAGGCCGUUUUUCCCAAAGAGGUGGUUAAACUGCGGGCGGAUGAUUCCCUCAAGGCCCAGGAGUGGGUGCAGGCUCUGCACGGGGCCAUCAUCGCACAGAGGCCCGCACAAGAGGAAGUGUCUGCAGAGGAACCUCAGGGAGUUUUACUGAGAUCCAAACCCUCCAGGGACAGGAAGCAGAGGGAAGGACAGAGGGCCAAGCGGCAGUCCGUCACCACCAGCUUCCUCAGCAUCCUCACCUGCCUGGCGGUGGAGAAAGGGCUCACUGCUCAGAGCUUCAAGUGUGCAGGUUGUCAGCGUCCCAUCGGUCUGUCCAGAGGAAAAGCCAAAGUGUGUUACUAUAGCGGCUGGUACUACUGCCAGAGCUGCCACCAGGACAACUCCUUCCUCAUCCCGGCACGCCUGCUGCACAACUGGGACACCAGCAAGCACAAGGUGUCUAAACAGGCCAAGGAGUUCCUGGAGUUCGUGUACGAGGAGCCGCUGCUGGACAUCCAGCAGCUCAACCCGUGCCUGUACCAGCACUGCGAGGGUCUGAGCAGCGUGCUGCGUCUGCGCCAGCAGCUGCAGUCGCUGCGGGCCUACCUGUUCAGCUGCAGGGCCGCCGUGGCCGAGGACCUCCGUCGCAGGAUCUUCCCCAGAGAAUACCUGCUCCAGCACAUCCACCUGUACUCCCUGGCCGACCUGCAGCAGGUGAUCGAUGGGAAGCUGGCCCCCUUCCUCUCCAAGGUGAUCAAGUUCGCCAGCUCCCACGUGUUCAGCUGCAGCUUGUGUCGGGAGAAAGGCUUCAUCUGUGAGCUCUGCCAGAACGGACAGGUCCUGUACCCCUUCCAGGAGAACACCACCCGCAGGUGUGACAUCUGCGGCGCGGUUUUCCACGCGGAGUGUCGUCAGAAAGCCCAGCCGUGCCCGCGCUGCGUCCGCAGGGAGCUGCACCACAAGAGGCCGUCGUCCUUCUGGUCCCCCGAGGACGACAGCCCCGGCUGCUUUCACCUGCCCUACCAGGACACCUGAGACCCCUGCAGGGACCGGGGACACGCCGGGGACACAAACUGCUAACGCUCGUGACUCUCACUGCAGGUUAGAGGGUUUUUACAGCUUUGACGGCGGAUGGAUGCGGAGCGUCGGCUGCUCCUCCAGCACACACCUGAGCUGGAAACAGCAGGGAGGGAACCAGCUGCUGCACCAGAUCUGCUUUAGAGACUCAACGUUCCCUGUUUUGUAGUCAAGUAUCUCAUCCCCAGUUCCACCACACCCCUACCUUCACUUAUCUCCUACUGCACAGGUCAGACAGGAAAACCACAGCUGACGCCUGGAUCAAUUCAAAUUGAUAGUUAAAAAAUAGUGCAACCUAUUUGGAUCAGUUUGGCAUUUUAUCAAUCAGAAAGCACAAGAUUUGCCACUUUUCUUAUGUUUGUAUUGGUAAAGUGGAAAUGCUUCAUAGGUUUUGUUUGUAUACAUAGGAUUGCAAGGUGAAAAAGGGAAGAAAAAAAGUUAUUUCCAACCACACCUGUUUGCAGCUUCUACAAACCAUUCAGGAAUGAAUCUCUGGCACAUGUAGCCUUGAAAAGGUUUGUAGUUUUCCUCCGGCUGUUCUUCAGCUGCGUUCACUCCUCAUCCGUCUGGAAACAUCAGUCAGGUGCUCUUGUGUUUCAUGAAGGUUCUGCUGGCUGGAAACGGUGCAGGAUCAAUAUGCAGGAGUAUUAAAAAAAAAAUCAAGUCCUCCUGAGUGGCUGCUGCAGUUUGGGUCAAAGCAAAAGGAGAUCUUUUUUAUGUAUAAUAUUUCCCCUAUGUUGGAUGUGUCUCAUCUGUGUGGAUGCAGCACAUCCACAUCCGUUCAUGAUGGGAAGUCAGAGGACGAGGGGCGUCACCCUGACAGUAACCGGUAGAGACUGAUCCUGAUUAAACCUGAGAGACUUGAGCCACACGAGGAGAGGCCCAGAACGCUUCCAGGUCCAAACACACAUUCACACUAUUCAUCCUUUUACGAGUAUCAUUGCAGAAAGGACAAGUAGGGGCAAGAAACACGUCUCUAUGUGAGCAGGUGAUCACUCCAUUCUCACGGCAUCUGCAAACCUGCAUGGAACCGCAAGAGCUCAUGCAUCCAGCCGACCUGCUGCCAACGAGCAGACCUGAGGCCCAGCCAGGCGGGCCUGGAGGGGUGGGGAGGACGGAGCAAGAGCCAGGCCGGACCGGCCAGACCACACUGCAAAAACUAAAAAUCUUACCAGGAAUAUUUGUCUUAUU